UUUUGGUGAUACCUCUGUCUUCGUCCACCAUGAGCACUCCGGCCGCUGACAGCAUACUUAUUCCAGCAGAAAGUGAAAAGGAGAAGGUGCCACUGAGGAUCAUGCUUCUUGGAAAAUGUGGUGCAGGCAAGAGCUCGAGUGGGAACACCAUCCUCAAUAAAAUGGUGUUCAGGUCAGAGAUGAAGCUGGGCAGCGUCACUGUUCACUGUGAAAAAGAGUCCGGGGUGGUCGGAGACAUACCUGUCGAUGUGAUUGACACGCCUGGGCAUUUUGAGAAGGGAAGCAACAAGGAGGACAUCAUCCAAGAGAUUCUUCAACGCCUGAAACUCCAGGAACCAGGACCCCACGUCUUUGCAUAUGUUGUUCCUUUAGGAAGGCUGACUCAGGAAGACCAAGACACCCACACGCUGAUCGAAGCAAAGUUUGGCCCAAGAGUGUGGGACUACACCAUCGUGCUGUUCACCCACGGCGAUCGCCUGGAAAACAAAACAAUAAAUGACAUCAUUACUGAGAGUGACGAGAACCUCCGCAACUUCAUACGCAAGUGUAGCGGUGGCUUCCACGUCUUCAACAACAAAACCCCGGAGGACCAGAAGCAGGUCACAACUUUUAUGGAGAAGAUCAAGACUCUGGUGGCCCUGAAUGAAGGUAGUUACUACAAGACAGAGUUGUAUCCUGAGAAGGAGAGGAAAAUCAGAGAACGACAGGAAAGCAUCCUUGCAGAGAGACAUGAAGAAAUCAGCAAAAAGGAGCAAAAUCUGAGGGAGCGUCACAAGGAUGAAGACCUAAAGAAGAUGAAGACAAAGCUGUGGAGACAAGAGGAGGAAAGGGCAAGAAAAGACGCAGAGGGGGAAUUAUGCAGCAGGUCUUACCUCAUGAAGAGCAUCCUGUUGCUGGCUGUAUUGUGUGUACUGUUAUGUUGGGAUCUUGGGGUAGCAGCUAAAUGGCUUUGUGGAAUAGGAAUCAUUUUAAUUGUGCUGUCUUUUAAGAUAUUUCCAAUUAUUAGAAGAAAAAUACCAGGUCUUACUAAGAAAAAGAAAUAGAUGAGCUUUUACUUUGUUAGUGAUUUAUCAUUCAAAUGUGUGACAGAUGAUAUAUCUAACUGAUUUAAUUAAUAAAAAUCAUUUUCAUACAAAUUUGUCUGUCCAUAAUUAGAAAAUAUUGUCAUCUGAUAUCUCGGCUUACAACUUUUUCUUUAUAUUUUACUAGGAAAAAAGUAGAUGCAAGGAUUUGUGGCCAAAUACAUGGAAAUACAAUACAGAGUUUUAAAAUGCUAACGAGUUUGAAAGUCAAUAUUUGGUACGACCACCUUUAUUCUUCGACACAGUCUGAACUCUCUUGUGCAGCUUUGUUCUCAUUUCUUUAAGUAGUCUUCAGGAAUAGUUCUGCAGGCUUCUUGAAGAAUAUUUAAAGCUGUCUUUGGAUGUUGAAUGCUUUUUGUUCUGCCCUCUGUGAAGAUGAUCUCACGCUGCUUCAGUGAUGUUGAUGUCCAGACUCUGGGGAGGUGAGUCCAUGACUGAUAGUGUUUUAUUGAGUUUUUCUAUCCGGGUAUGCUUUUCUGGAUCGGCAGUGUGUUUGGGAUCAUUGUGAUGCCAUAAAAUGAAGCACUGAUUGACACAUUAUGGAUUAAAUGUGAUGGUACUUUUCUUUUUUCAGAUUCAAUUAUUUUUGACAAAUGGUAUAUGGCCUGUAUUUGUUUAGCACUUUACUUAGUCCCUAUGGACCCCAAAGCGCUUUACACUACAUUCAGUCAUCCAACCAUUCACACACUUUGUUGUGUGAAUCACACACUGGUGAUGGCAAGCUACAUUGUAGCCACAGUUGCCCUGGUUGUCCUGGGGCGCACUGACAGAGGCAAGGCUGCCGGACACUGGCACCACCGGGCCCUCUGACCACCACCAGUAGGCAACGGGUGAAGUGUCUUGCCCAAGGACACAACGACCGAGACUGUCAGAGCCAGGGCUCGAACCAGCAACCUUCCGAUUACAAGACGAACUACCAACUCUUGAGCCACGAUCACCCAAGAUCCUGACAAGAUCCUCAAUAUCAAUGCCUGAAAUGCAGCUCCAAACCAUGACAGAGCCUCUACCAUGUCUGAGAUCUGGGUGCAGCCACCCACUGUUGUACCUCACUCCUGACCUCCUUCCUUUAUCUGCAAAUGAUGUAACUCAGGAGUUUCACUUUUGGAUUCAUCACUUCAUAUGACCAGUUGCUACUGAUUUUCCAUUUAUCCAGUUCUUGUGUAAUUUGACAUACCUCAGUCUUUUUUAGAUUUUUUCUUGACAUCUUGACAGCCAUCUUUUCACCGAGACCAUUUCUGAUGUGGCUUCAGUGAACAGUAGAUCUCUCAGGUCCUGUGUCAGGUCUUUGCUUUUUUCUUGUUCCUUAAGGAGAUGACUUUCAGAUGCUGCUCAUCUGGAGUAGAUAGUGUUUUUCGGGCUUGAAACAACUUAUUCUUUCCUCUUCUAGUCCAGUUUUUCCUAAAAUUUUUCAACUACAAACUGCACACCAUUGAUAUUUUCAUAGAGUCAACUAAAAAAGUAGGAACAGGCUCUGUGCUUUUGACUGGUAGUAACAAAGCGCCUAAAGACAGUUGUUUGUUGUUGUCGAUACAAUACUGGCUCAUCACUUAUGUUAGGUAUCUUUUUUAUGUUUAAAUAAUUCAUAGGUCAGUUCUAUGUGGCUUAACAAAUAAAAAAGCAUUCCUCUGAAAAUGGUCAGGUAACAGGACUGAAAAUGAGAGAAAAGCAUCUUCAGAAAGCUGGAGAGCUAUUGCUCAAAACCACUUUAAAAAUGUCUGGAAGCAAAAUAUAAAGAAAAAUAUAAAUUUAUGAAUAAAUUGAAGUUUUUUUGGUCCAUUGUGGUUUCAUUUGACACUAGCAUAACAAUGGAAAUGACUUGUGUGAGUAAAAGAAAGAAUGACAAAAAUAAAAAUUUGAAAGA